AUGUCCCAGUCUAAUACAGACUCUAGGCUCAAUAAACCCAUUGAGGAUCAAAUCAACACUGACUUCCAGGAGUUUGAGAGUGUCGACGAUGUACAAUCCUACGUGAUUGACUCUACCGAAGAGAGAAAGGUGGUUACAAAACUUGACUGUGUAAUCAUGCCUCUGAUGGCAUUGGUCUACUUCUUCCAAUACCUUGACAAGCAGGCUAUCAACCAAGCCGCUAUAUUCGGACUUCGCGAUGACCUCAAAUUAUCAGGCGAAGAGUAUUCAUGGGCUGUUUCACUCUUCUAUUUAGGCCAGCUCUGCUCGGAGUACCCAGCUGCAAUUUUGCUCUCUAGACUUCCCAUUACUAUCUAUGUUGGAGUGACCAUCGUCCUUUGGGGCGGUGUUAAUAUGUGUCUCGCCGCUGUCCAGACUUUCUCCGGCCUAGCAGCUGCACGGUUUUUCUUGGGAUUCUCCAAAGGGACUGUCUCGCCGGCAUUCAUUAUAAUCACGAGUAUCUGGUACAAACGCGACGAACACCCGAUCCGAGUCGCUACGUGGGUUUCAAUGAAUGGUAUAUCCCAGAUCAUAGGUGCACUCAUUAUGUAUGGUAUUGGACAAGGGAAUUUCCCUUUGGCUCCAUGGCGCACUCUAUUCUUGAUUUGCGGCGGUUUAACCUGUGCCACCGGUCUCCUGUUCAUCUUCCUGAUGCCCGGAGACGCCAAAAGCUGUUGGUUUUUGAAUCCUCGUGAACGCGAGAUAGCAGCUCAGCGCAUGGCUAUCGAUCGCGCAACCCGAGACCGUGCACAAUUCAAUAAAGCCCAGGUCAGAGAGGCGCUUCUGUCGCCUAUGAUGUGGCUUUAUUGCUUGAUGGGCGUUUGUAUCACUCUCACGACCCCGAUAAUGAAGUUCAGUUCCACUGUCAUACACGGAUUCGGAUACUCUACCUUCAAGACAAUGCUCAUCGGAACCCCUGCUGGUGCUUUCAACUUCAUCACAACCUGGAUCAGCGCCCUUGUCCCUCGUUUCCUCCCAGGUACUCGAGCAUACACGGCCAUUGGGCUUUGCUUUGUACCCCUUUUAGGGGCAUUAUUACUCAUGACCCUACCCGCCGAAGGUGCGGAAUGGGGAAUUGUGAUUGCGACCUGGCUUGGUGGAUGUAGCUCUGCCUUGUUAAGCAGUGCAGCGAGUAUUAUCGCAAGUAACGUGAAGGGAAACACGAAGAGAAGUAUUGUGUCGGCGGCGUUCUUUAUCGCGUACUGCGUUGGGUGCAUCGUUAGUCCUCAGGCCUGGACUGAGGAUGAUGCACCUCGUUAUACGAAGGGGUGUAUCUUGAGUAUUGCGGCGAUGGUUUGCUUGAUUCUGGUCUUUGCGAUCUAUGUAUUCAUCGUCAAGGCUAAGAAUAAGGCUCGUGAUCGCAAGGCGGAUCAGGGUCUGUUUGAGUAUAGGGUCGAGGGGAAUGGUCGCAGUGGUCAGAUGGGGGUUUCUGUGGACUCGGAUCGUACCGAUGUCGAGGAUAAGGCUUUUCGCUAUACCAUUUGA